AUACGGCACUGAAACACGGCAGGCAGCUGGUGUGGCUGCAGUCUUCUUCAGGAGCAGCUUUUUCUUAUGAGCUUUAGAGGGCAAUCUGAUUUAAGCAUAUCUACCUGCGGCCUACACUUCAACGUCAGGCAUGUGUAUGUCUGAACCACCUGUGUGAUUUGGUUUUUGGAGGGAUAUAGCUUAAAUGCUGCAUUUCAUGUAUGACACAGUGGCCUACGUUUGUUUUGGUGGUUUACGAAUACUUCACUUCAACUUAUUAUUUGGAAAUAGAACCUGGAUCUGUGUUUCGGAACGCUUUGCAGUACAAGGACUACAAAUAGUCACUUCAUCACUCAUUAGAGACAUCAGUUCUCUUUUUAAACCGAUGGAUGUCACUUGUCAGUUCAGAUUUCUGUCAUGUAACACAUUAAUGUCAAAUGCCAGAGGUCAUUAGCCCCCAGCUGUGGCCAGACUUUUUAUCAUCAUCUUGAGGGCUGCAGGCUUAUAUUAUCUGACAUGGCAGUGAAUGCUGUUUGCAAAUUAACAAGCAACAGGAAGAGGCUUGAUUGGCCAAAUAUGUCUGAGCCAUAAGCUGCUUUGAUUAUUAAUGCCACAGUGUGGCGGAUCUCUCACAGAUCCAUUUGAGCAACCCGUGCAACUAACAUAUGCUUCGACUUGGAUGAGUGCAAGUGAAUUGUCAAAGGGUUAAUUGUGGAUUUGGCAUCUGUUUCUGAGGUGGAGCUUGAGUCAGCACUGGCUUUAGAGCGUUUACCUCAUGUAGAGCUCUUGUAGUUUGGUACUUGUUUGUUGACUGGAAAAAUCAAUGUUUGCGAUGCGUCCAUUCAUACAGCGAGAGAAGCGUGUCAGGGGAUGUCAUAAGGUUGACGACCCUACUGAUAUGCUCCCCAAGUCAAGAAAAGCCCUUAGCAUCCAGGAAAUUGCAGCUCUGGCCAGAUCAUCAUUUAAUGGCAUCUCACAGGUGGUGAAGGAUCACGUCACCAAACCCACGGCCAUGGCUCAGGGUCGGGUGGCUCAUCUGAUCGAGUGGAAGGGCUGGUCUAAGCCCUUAGACCCUCCAUCUGCUACACUGCAGUCCCACUUUAACUCCUACUCCCAUCUCAGCGAGGGUGAGCAGGAGGCCCGCUUUGCAGCAGGUGUGGCCGAGCAGUUUGCCAUUGCAGAGGCGAAGCUUCGUGCCUGGACCUCUGUAGAUGAAGAGGAGAUGGACGAAGAGUCUUAUGAAGAGGAUCCUCCUCUAAAUGACGAGCCAAUCACAACAACUCUGAGCUCAGGCGAGCACCCUGUAUCAUCCAAUCAAAGCAGCCCAGUGCCAAGCCAGACAGACACGGCUGAAAUCAGUCUGUCAGACCCCGACGAGCCGCUCAUCUCAGAAGAAGUGCCACCACACGCCCAAGAACUCCAGCUUUCAGAAGGAGAGGGCGACAGGGCCACAUGUGGGCUUCACAAACCAGAGCGCAGGCCUUUGUGGAGCAAGGGAGACUCCUGCUACUACUCCACCUCCUACUCCGAGUCUGGCCUUUCACCUGAGGACCAAGAAGAGGAGGACGGAAGAGAGGUGGAGGAAGGGGAGGACAACGUCUUUCAGGAAGUCAUCCGCUGGUACAGACACUGCCGGAGCAUCUCUGAUACCUCUGGAGCUGUGUCUUUUGAUGAUGAGGAGGAGGAGGAAGAGGAGGAGGAACAGGAAGACGGUUCCAAGCAGUGACGCUGUGCUCACGCUCGCCCUUUUGUCUCGGUCCCUUCCUAGUAACCCUUCUGUGAAGUGUUUGUCCAGUCUGUUAUAUGCAUUCAGAGACAACCACUUGUUUUUCUCCGCCAUACUUUUAAAGGGAUACUUCACCUAAAAACGAAAAUUCUGUCAUCAUUAUUGCUCCCUCUUGUCUUUCAGAAUUUUUUUUAUCUUCUUUCUUCUGUGGUACACAAAUAAUGGCAAUAAUCAGGGUUAUUACAGUUAACUGAAGCAGAAGCUAAAGUUAAAACCAUUUUUAAAAAUAUAUAUGGUUUCUAUAUACAGUAAACACUUUGAUAUAUUUCAGGUUUUUGCCAAGGUUUGCCUUAAUGUACUAAAAAAAAACAUAAAACCUUAAAAUUAAGAAAAUUAAAUUAAAAAAAUACUAAAAAGUAUCAGGAAAAAAAUAAAAAAAUGGCAAAAACUCAACAGCAUCAUUAGAACCAUAGGCCAAAAUAAAAAUGAAAGUGAAUGGAAAAUAUUAAAUGAAAUAUAAAACUGAUUUAAAAAUCUUAUUAAAAACUACAGUAUAAUAGUAUCACUUUGAUACAAAAAUGUGCAAGCCAGUGUUAUUUUAGUAUCAUUGACAUACUGUUAUAGUUUUGUUAAUUUUUUAUAAUUUUAUAUUAAAGUUUUAUCAAUUUUGUUGCUUUUGUCCUUUUUUAAAAAAAAUAUGUACAUAUAGUUUUUCGGUUGCAUUUUAUUUAGUUAAUUUUACUAUUUUACAAAAUUUAAAGAAAAUGAGAAAUUUUAACUCUGUAGCUUUCUAAAAUAAAAUAAGUAUUUUGUUUGAUAUUUUAUUACAUUUCAGUUAGUUUAUUUCAAGAAAUGAUAUUUUUUUUCCAAUAUGGUUUUAGUUUUAUUUAACAAUAAUAACCCUGAUUCAAGCUGCUCUUUUCCAAACAGUGAAAAUGAAUGCAAACAAGAAGCAAGAAUUUCAGGACGACUUAAAUUGUAGCCACACAAAUGAUAGUACGGCUUCAGAACACUAAAAAUAUAGCGCAUAACUCAUGUGGACCACUUAUGAUACUUUAAUGGUGCUUAUAUAAAGUUUCUCUUUCAUUUCCAUUUUAAACUUUCAUUGUAUAGAAAAGAGCAGCAUGAACAACAUCCAUUUGGAUAACUGAAAGAGUUAAUUGACCCCCCCCCCCCCCAAAAAAAAAAUAAACGUUUGGAACGACAUGAGGGUGAGUGAUUAAUGACAGAAUUUUUGGGUGAAUUAACCUUUAGACAAGAUUUCCAUUUUCCAACUACCCCUCUUCCUCUCUAUUCCUGCUUCCUCUUGAUGUUCUUCAUUUGAAGAACAUCAAACAACAUUCAAGAAAACACAGUACUGUUUCCUCAUUCAAGCAGUGAGUUGGACGAUAGUGACAUUAUGACUGCAGUAUCCAGUGAAAUGCAGACGCGAUGCUCAUUACCUGCGCUCUCGGUUUAUUCACGACACAGCAAGAGACUGGAAAAUCCCUGUGAGGAACAUGCUUUCAAAUGUUUUCCUUCUGUGACUGUUCAAAAGUGACGUAAUGCUCAUAGUAAUAUGUUGUUAAUACUUCAGGAAUGGGAUUUUGUUUGGGUUUUGAUGUCACGCUCCAAGUGCUUGUGUGUCUCGGCUUGCUCCAGAAGGGUUGAGGUGCAGGAGGGUUCUGCUUUGAUGGAGCAUUGUAAUUAUGAAUAGAAUGUGCCUGUUAUUAUGAUCACUGUGUGAUGUAUAUUACCAAACUAUGGAAGCCUAUUUCAGAUGCAUUAUACAAUCAGGCUUUGGUAUAUCAUCAUGACAUAAAAUCUCAUAAUCUUGUGUAAUAAUUAUGACAGUCAUAUUAAUAAAAUGAAAUGUUUAACUUAUGACAGUCAUACCUAUGAAAUAAAAAAAAUGACAAAGUUAUUUAUGAGACAAAGUCGGAAUUAUGAGAAUGUCAUGAGUCAAAAUUAUGACAUACAAAGUUGUAUUUAUAAGAGGAAAAGUCUAAAUUAUAAGUCAAAUAUGAGUCAUACCUAUACGACAUUGCAUUUAACAAAAGGGUCAAAUUCUGACAAAAAUAUUUGAAAUUAUGACUUGCUAAAUUAAAUUGGGAAAAAAAUCUAAAAUAUUAGGUAAAAAGUGGUAAUUGUGACAUUUCUGAGAUGAAAAGAAAAUUGUUGUCAUAAUUUGGCUUGUUUACAUUUUAUUUCAUAAUUUCAACUUUUUAUUUCAUAAUUGGCCGUUUCAGAAUUAUGACUUAUCUCAUAAUUCAGCAUUUUUUAUCUCAUAAUUCAGCCUUUUUAUUUAAUAAUCGUCUGUUUCAGAAUUCAGACUCAUUUCAUAAUUCAGCAUUUUUUCUCGUAAUUCAGCAUUUUUAUUUCAGAAUUUUCCAUAUCAGAAUUCUGACUUAUCUCAUAAUUCAGCAUUUUUUAUCUCACAAUUCAGCCUUUUUAUCUCAUAAUUUCAACUUUUUAUUUCAUAAUUGUGUAUUUCAGAUUUCUGACUUUUUUCUCAUAAUUAAGCCUUUUUAUCUCAUAAUUUAAAUUUUUUAUUUUAGAAUAGUCCAUUUCAGAAUUUCUGACUUUUUAUUUAAUUAUUCAGCGGUUUUAUCUCAUAAUUACAACUUUUUUAUUUCAUAAUUGUCAAUUUAAGAAUUCUGACUUUUUAUCUCAUAAUUAUGACUUCCACGAUAAUUAUUACUUUUCAUUUCAUGGUUGCCCAUGUGUAUUUUUUCUCUCUUUUGUGGCAGAAAUAGGCUUCCAUACCAAACUGAGUGAGAAUCCUCUACCACGUUUGUUUCUCUCUGUUCUGCUAUCUAUUUCCUCCCUCUCUGCACUUCAAUAGAUGUUUGAUUUGUGUUUGGCUGCUGAAUGAACAGGUUUUUUUGAAGCUACUAGUUAAUAACCUUGACAUGCAGCUAGUGUAAAACAGUAGACAGAAUGUGUAUGUUGCCUUUCCAGACUGCAUGCAUUGUAAAUUCAUAAACAGCCACGUUUGUCAUCAUUAUCCUCAAUAUGAACCGGUAAUGUCAUGAUGUUCAUUGAUGUGAAUGUGCGAAUCCGCCUACAAAAAAGUUUAUUUUUAUUUUUUAGUAUUGUUUGUACAGAAAAUGUCUGAGGUCAAAUUUAUGAUUGCAUUAAAGUUAUGUGUAUA